CCCUCACCUCUUUCUUCCUCCCUCCGCCCUUCCCUCAUGCCGCACAUUGGCUCCAUCCGUGCUGCUCUAUUCCUACUGCUGAUUCUGGGGGCCGGGGUCCUGCGAGGCACCUCCCCGUCCACCCGACCGUCGUAUUUCCGACCCUGGGGGGGGGCCUUCUUUUCCUCCAGCCGGGGACCCUCGCUUAGCCGGCGAAGGGGCGAGGCACGAGGGCUUCGGCUAUCCCCGCUCCUAGCCACCUGCCCCCAGAUUCUCGGGAAAGUGGGGAGAGGGCGAUCCCUGAGCUCCAGUCGAUCCGCCCUCCGUUGGGGCCGUUACCAUGGGGACGGGCAGCUGGGGUUCUAACGCGUUAGGGGCGGCUUGGAGGCGGGGCAGAGACGGCGGGCGGGGGAGGGUGGCCGGAGGGCUCCGCCUGGGAUUUGAGGAGCGGGAGGGUGGGCUUCAGCGGCCAGGAGGAGGAGACCUCCGCCCUGCCCGGGGCCGGGGAGGGGCGUGUCCCCCGGCGACGAGGGCUGCCCUGACGUCCUCCCCUUCCCCGGGUUCCGGGACCCGGCAUGGCCCCCAAGAAGAAGAAGGUGGCUGUGGCGGGAGCCAGGAAGGGCCUCCCUGGAGGGGAAAGGAGCGAGCCAUUGCUGGCGGAGCGCGUCCGGUACCUGCAGCAGGAGAACACGGCGCUGAGCGAGCAGCUGAGCACCUGGCUGGCCCAGGUGGAGCGCAUGCUGUGGGAGAAUGAGUUUCUGGACCGUGAGGCCCAGCACAUCCGCGAGGAGAACAAGCUGUUCGUGGCCUACGUGGGCACGCGGGCCCACCGCUGCCAGUCCACCGUGGUCACCCUGGACGGCCACUACCGCCAGGAGCUGAGCCUGCUGCGUGGCCAGCGGGAGGAACUGGAGGCCACGUACAGGGACAAGGAGCAGGAGGUGCGGGCCCAGCUGCUCGACAUGGAGUCGCGCUUCGCCCAGAUGGCCCGGGAGGUCCGCGAGCUUCAGCCCUACAAGGCCCUGCAGCAGGAACAGCAGGCCCGGAUCCGGGGGCUGGAGCAGCAGCUGCUCCAGGCGCGGCUGGAGCACACGCGGCAGCUGCAUCACGUCAAGAGCUCCUUCCUGGAGACCAAGGCGAGCCAGGAGCGCCAGGCCGAGCAGCAGAUCCACAUGCUGGCGCUGCGGGCGGAGCGGGAGGCCCUGCACACCCUCAUCCUGCACACGCAGACCAUCAAGGACGAGAACGCCCGCCUGCGCCGGGAGCUGCUCGGCCUCAUCACCCGGGCCCGCCUGCUCUACGACGCCCGGCGGGAGCUGCGGGAACAGCGGGAGCUGCUCAGGUGGGAGAGCGGCUUUGGGCGGGACCUGGCCCGCAUCCACGGCUGGCUGCACCGAAGCCCCCGCCGGGACCCCGACCCUCCCGUCCCGUCGGCCUGCUCCGCCUCCCCCGGCCCGGCCCCCAGCCGCCCGGCCCAGGCGAGCGGUCCGGCCUCCGCCGCGAUGCGGGCGAGUUUGGAGUGCCCCUUCCGACCUGGAGCGUGGCGAGGAGGAGGAGGAGAAGGGGGAGAAGCAGGAAGAGGAGGAGCAGCAGCAGCAGCAGCAGACGGUGAACUAAGGGAGAGCGCCCUUCCCAGCCUUUAGAGCCGCAGAGGCCGAGAAACGCAGAGAUACCAAUAAAGUCCUCUACUGUAGAGCA